CUUUUGGAGGCUUGCUUGCGCGGCGCCAUGGUGCGAACAGGAGACAAGCAAGGCCCCAAGCGAUUGAUCCGCAGCGGCACCCGGGUCCUGGUCCGGGAUUUGCCCGAGAAGGUGCGCAAGACUUCCUUGCAGUCUGCCUUUGGCGACUUUGGCAACGUCGUGCGUAUUGAACUGAUGCCGGAGCAGCGCACUGCCUACAUCGAGUACGAGGAGCCUCGAGACGCGGAGGACGCUGCAAAAGAGAUGGAUGGCAAGAUGGUGGAGAAAGCCAAAGUGCGAGCAAAGCUCAUGGACGACCGGCCACGAGCAGCAAUGGACCAUGCGAUCCGCGUCCAGGAAGCGUGCCUUGCCCACUUGGAGACUCGAGCUGCGGAGCAUCAGCAGCGGAUAUUUGGAGGCGCGGCGCGAGGCGGGACUUGGGGCAUUGAACAAUCGGGCAGACCUGGAGGCUCGAUUCGUUUCUUGUUUUAACCGGAGAUCAACCAGAAUUCAUGCUUGCAAGAGCGGCAAAACCGAGCUUGGGGGGCAGACUUUUCUCGUGGCAGUGCCCCAGCUGCACGAGGUGACCCUGUUUGCAACGGGGUUUUGAAAUUUGUGAUCUCAAAUCUGCAGGCACAGUCCA